UGGAAUUGAGAACCGACAUGCCGCGAAACAUGAAAAGCGUCCGUCACAGAAGCUCGAAACCUCCUGGCCAUUUUCCUUGGAGGGCGAGGGUGGCGGCGGUGGCGGCCGUUCCGUGACCAGCGCUGGUGGGGGUGGAGGAGGAGGUGGAGGUCGACGGGCACCGAGUCUACGACUGGUGAACGGAAGAGCGACCACGGGGGUUAGUUUGCACACCAGCAGCACAGAAUCCGUUCGUUCACCCCAUCACCACCUCGGCCAGCAGCAGGGCGGCAACAAUAACAAUAACAACAACAACCAUAAUAAUAAUAACAACAACAAUAACUGCCACGCCGGUAAUAACCCCGCCGCGAACAAUCAUCCACGGCUUAACAAAGAUGACAGCAUCAAGAUCAGCAUCGAGAACACCAACACUUGCACGGACAGCCUCGUCACUGCUCUAGACGACGAGACAUUGCUCAUCACCGAUUUCGUAGCCGAUCAAGGCAACGAGAUGAAUUACAAGGGCAGCGGGAAGGUCCACUUCGGAGUGGACGAUGUGUCCCUCUACGGGACGCCGAAGGAGGAGCCGGGCCCGGGUCUCCCGGGCCAGGAAGUGAAGCAGAGCUUCUUGAAGAAUCAGCUUCAGGCCCUGUUCCAACCGACGGACAACAAGCUGGCUAUGAAGCUGUUCGGCAGCAAGAAGGCUCUGAUGAAGGAACGGAUCAGGCAAAAGGCUGCAGGUCACUGGGUUAUCCAUCCUUGCUCCAGUUUUCGAUUCUACUGGGACCUCUGCAUGCUCCUCCUGCUGGUAGCCAAUCUGAUAAUUCUGCCAGUCGCCAUUAGUUUUUUCAAUGACGACCUAAGCACUAGGUGGAUAGCCUUCAACUGCCUUUCCGACACGAUAUUCCUCAUAGACAUUGUCGUCAACUUCAGGACAGGUAUAAUGCAACAGGAUAACGCCGAACAAGUGAUCCUGGACCCGAAGUUAAUCGCGAAACACUACCUCAGGACUUGGUUCUUUCUCGACCUCAUUUCCUCCAUACCACUAGACUACAUUUUCCUCAUAUUUAAUCAAUUUCAGGACUUUAGCGAGUCCUUCCAGAUCCUGCAUGCUGGCCGUGCUCUCAGGAUCCUCAGGCUUGCGAAACUGUUGUCUCUCGUUAGGUUACUACGGUUGUCAAGACUGGUGCGGUAUGUCUCGCAAUGGGAAGAAGUCUAUAUCCCCCUUUAUCAACAGCCGGAGAGGCACUACGAGCGUCGGGCGACACCGCCCCAACCAGACCGAACCAGCAAGAUAUUGCAGAACCUACAAAAAAAACGCACUGAGCGGAGGGGGCGCCUAAGUUCUGACAAUAUGAGUAAAAAGAAGUCCGGUUUCAGCAAAAGCGACCUUAUUUUUAAGUUCCUGAAUAUGGCGUCGGUGUUCAUGCGGAUUUUUAACCUGAUUUGCAUGAUGCUCCUAAUCGGCCACUGGAGUGGCUGCCUACAAUUCCUGGUUCCAAUGCUCCAAGGAUUUCCUAGCAACUCAUGGGUCGCCAUCAAUGAACUGCAAGAUUCGUUCUGGCUGGAGCAAUACUCAUGGGCCCUUUUCAAAGCCAUGUCGCACAUGCUCUGCAUAGGAUACGGAAGGUUUCCACCGCAGUCCUUGACCGACAUGUGGCUCACUAUGCUCAGCAUGAUCAGCGGUGCUACCUGCUAUGCACUUUUCCUCGGACACGCGACGAAUCUCAUUCAGUCGCUCGAUUCCUCCAGAAGACAAUACCGCGAGAAGGUGAAACAAGUAGAGGAAUACAUGGCCUACCGAAAGUUACCACGUGAAAUGAGACAGAGGAUCACGGAAUAUUUCGAGCAUCGAUACCAGGGCAAAUUCUUCGACGAGGAAUUGAUCCUCGGGGAGCUGUCGGAGAAAUUGAGAGAAGACGUGAUCAACUACAACUGCAGAUCGUUAGUAGCGUCCGUGCCGUUCUUCGCCAACGCCGAUUCCAACUUUGUCUCGGACGUCGUUACCAAACUGAGAUACGAAGUCUUCCAGCCAGGUGAUAUCAUCAUCAAGGAAGGUACGAUCGGCUCUAAAAUGUAUUUCAUACAAGAGGGCAUAGUGGACAUCGUGAUGGCGAACGGCGAGGUCGCGACCUCGCUGUCGGACGGCUCGUACUUCGGCGAGAUCUGCCUGCUGACGAACGCGAGGAGGGUGGCCUCGGUCCGUGCCGAGACCUACUGCAAUCUCUUCAGCCUCUCGGUGGAUCAUUUCAACGCCGUGCUGGACCAGUAUCCGUUAAUGCGCAGAACGAUGGAAAGCGUUGCCGCCGAGAGGUAUAAGCUUUGGUUGAACAAAAUCGGCAAGAAUCCGAAUCUGGUGGCUCAUCGCGAGGAAGAUCUCGGCAGCGAGUCGAAAACGAUAAACGCCGUGGUGAACGCACUCGCGGAGCAAGCUGCGCAUGCUAGCGCCAGUGAAGAAUCGGUACACAGCAUGGAGCUGAGAACACUUCCAGCUUGCCUGUUGCCCAGACCAAAGUCUGAGAACAAUUUCGCGAGUCAGGAGCUCUCGCGAGAGGGGCGGCGGAUCUUCCACAAGAGCGACACUUUCCACAAGGACUCGUAUCAAUGACGACACUCGUUAUACUAGCAUACAGAGAGAUAUUAACGGCUCCAUGAGCGACAGUGGCGUUGCACACUGUCGAUCGGAUCGAGUUGGCGGACGAUUUUAAGCUUGGAUCCUGGACGCUACACUAGAAGCAGUCUAUACCAUAGAUAUAUACGCUAUGCCAGUAGUAGUCUUCUAGCGAUCGGUUUCUAUAGCGCCUUCUUAUAUUAACCUGUGACGGCACACGUUCCAGUUCAGGAUCUAUGCGUAAAAUCGUGCGAACCAAUCGUCGUAUCUGGACACGUUCUCCGACACGGUGGCACAGUGGGCAACACUCUCGCAUGAAAUGAAACGACGUGACUGCGCUGUUAUAUAUACAUAUAUAUAUUUUUUUUUCCUCCGCCUCCCUCUCUGCGAAACGUUCAACCUCGACAGCAAUAAACGAAGCGGCGGACACAAGACGGAGAGAAGAGCAAGAUCGAAUCGCAUGCGUAGAGGGUUGGCCAGCGAUUGGGUUGUGCCUCGUUGUCACAGAAACGAGCUUGAACGAAGAGAUCGAGAAGAAAACGUCUCGCGUCCGCGCGAGAAAACGUUAAUAUUUUCAACGGCGGAUCAUCUCACGGAGCCCGGGAGAAAGGGGGAGAAGGACGAUAUCGAUAAGAGAUACGAAAUGAUCGACGAUAACUGUGUGCCAUCGGUCGGAGAACACGGAGCCGUUAUUCCUGCCGCGAGUCUUCUUCAUCGGCGCGGGCGUCGCGAUCCGAAAAAAAGGCGAACAGAAACUGAUCAGCGACGACCGGGGUGAAGACCUCAACGACGACGAACAGCAGGCCUAGAAAAUUUAUAGAGCGUAUCGUAGAGCCCAUCGUGGACUAGGUAGAAAAAAAGAAAAUCCUAAAUACAAGAAACGACAGUGUUGAACGAUGCGUACAUUUCUCUGUGAUUUUGCAAAAAAAGAAGAAAGAAAAAAACGCCGUACGUUUCGCACUUUUCAAGGGGGAAAACAAAAAAAUGAUGGAACCCGGGGUUCGAGGGAGGGGAGGGGGCUAAAACGAGGGCGAGAGAAUAUAAUCUAUACACGAACGAUUAGGAUUCUGUUUUUUGGUUCUUUUCUAAGACAACUAACUAACGUAAUAGAGACGAGGAGGAAUGGAGAAACUCGUGAAACGAGGGAUAUUCCAGUUAUAAGUUUGUUAUAACGUGUUUUAACUUUAGUAUGCGUAUCGUUGAACAAUCCCGUGCGAGUGAACCGAAACGAGGAGAAAGAGGAGGGAUCGAGGGAAGUACAAAAAAGGAGAGCAACGUGCAAUCGAGAGAGAUCUCCAGAACGAAGACCAGAGGAAGAGCAAGAACGAAGAGCAUGUCUCAUUUAUCGCGGCGAAUCGGUCCUAUCGAUUUCGAGAUCAAUGGAGGAUGCUUGGCAAUUCGGAACUCGCCUCGACGCCAUUUUAUUUUUCGAACUGGAAAAUCUAAGAAAGAGCUGGUAAAAACAACGUCUCGAAUCGAAUGAGCGAAUGGCAGUAGACAAAUUGCCACAUCGUAUCUCAAAAUCUCAACUUCUAUUGUAAUAAAUGUCGAAAUUUAGAAAGACCGUCCUGAGACGCGAACGAGAGGGAUGAAAACGAUCCAAAACGCCACGGGAAACGAGAUGGAUGAAUAAGGAAAGAAAAGAAAGAAAAAAAAUAUACGUGAGAAUUAUUCAGGGAUAGGAAAUUGGGAGGACAAACGGGGUAUCGAGCGGAGAAGUUUAAGUCGUUCUACAAACGAGGCAGUAAAGUUAAUAUUAUACAAGAAAAGAAAAAAAAUCUAAAUCCAAGGCCCAAAGACCGUGUUAACUUGUUGAGUGUUCUUUGGGCUACCACGGCUAAUAUAUAUA